CUGUCACUCGAGAGUAUUUGCUUAUUUUACAGGUUAAAGUGACAUUUAGUCAAUACAAUAAAACACAACUAUCCGUAAAACACAUAUUUGCAUUGGACUAUUGACAAUAGUCUAGUUGACCGCGCUUUUGUUUCUCUGUUUUCUUUGACAGCGUUUGCUCUUAGAUUUCUAAGAUUUCUUGAGUCAAUAAAAAUGAAGGGUAUUGACAGGUAACGUCAACCUUAAAAGUGAACCAAAUCUUUCCUCCAACAAAAAAUAAAUGCAACACAAAAUUUAACUUUUGACGAAAUAAAUAUGAUUUAUUGCAACGUUGGUAUUUGAUUUGUAAUCAAAGUAGGCAACAUUUUGGCGUUACCGAAUGUAAAUUCCAAAAUUAAAUGCUUGCUCCACUCGUAAAUAAUCCUCUUUUUUAUUUAUUUUUCUAAUCACUUCCUUUUCUUGGGUAAAUCUUUAGUCACGGUUCCUACUUAGAAAAUCCUUCUAGAUUUAAAAAAGUACAGUUUGGGAGAGACAAAGUAAACAUUUAAGCACGUUAAACAAUCCCAUCAUCAGUUUUACUUUCAAUUGUUCCCAAAGCAGACGCAAAUUAGUGGCGAUGAAAAUUAAAACACAUAAAUAUGUUACCACUUAUUCUUCUGCUACUAUUAAUAAAUAUUUUUAGUACCAGUGAAUCGUCAAACAGAGUAUCAACCGCGCUGAGAACCCAACGGAAGAAACCUUUCGCAGCAAUAGUUUUUUCAGAAUCUAACUACAACACACCAUUUAAUAAAAAUCCAUGUUUCUGGUUAAGUCGCCUAAAAUUCCAGAGUAAAUUAUGUUGGCGACAAAGAGGUCUCCCGGAUGUUCUUCUAACCGCCAGAAACUUAUCAAUAAUUUCGUGUCAAAACCAAUUCCAAUACGAUCAAUGGAACUGCUCGAAACGCGACUUUUUUUUCAAAAAAAUCUACCGAGAAACAGCGUUUAUGCAUUCGAUGGCUGCGGCGGCCCUAACUUUUUCCAUAGCAAGGGCUUGUUCUGAGGGCACUUUGGCGGGGUGUCAGUGUGGGGAACACGGCAAGCCCUCAAAUUCGUCAAAAUGGCAGUGGGGCGGUUGCAGUGACAACAUAAAAUUUGCCAAAAAAUUUACUAGGAGAUUUUUACAACUGCGGAAAAAAGACGACGGAAAUUACCAAAAUGCCAUCGUCAAAUACAAUUCGGAAGUUGGAAUUAGAAUCGUGAUAGAGAACGUGCAAGUUGUGUGCAAGUGUCACGGACUUUCAGGUUCCUGCAGCCUCAAAGUCUGCUAUAAAAAAAUCCAAGCUUUCGAUUAUGUUUCGAAACAGUUGAAAGGUUUGUAUCACGCCGCCAUCUAUGUGGAACACGAGAACCAUAUACGUCCAUACAAAAGUGGGAAAAUGGGGCAAAAACUUGUUUUUUUGGAAAACAGUCCAAGCUUUUGUCCUACGACAGUGGACAGACGGUGUAAUAAUACAGAAAACUGUGCCACUUUGUGCUGUGGGAGAGGAUUCUACACGACACAAGUCCACGAAAUCAAUAAAUGUAUGUGUAGAUGGCGCAAGGAAAUGUUUAACGUUGAAUGCAAAUAUUGUCGGGAAAAUAAAACGAUUUUUAGGUGUAAGUAAUUAAUUUAUUAAUUAUAAUUAUUGUGAUACAAGUUUUGAUCUAGAUAGCUUUUUUAACGCUUUUUAUUGUGUACUUUUUAUUAUUUAUUAAAACUUUUGCAUAAUUUGUUGUGUUUAUUGAAAAGAAAAAUUAUGAAAACUACUCUUGUUUUCUUCUUGAUUGUUAAGCAUUAGCUUCGAUAACAAUCAAUAUUGAAUUAUGCAUAACAAACUGAACUCUUCUUUAGUGCUUAUAAACCGGAACCACAUGAUUAUUUUUGAUAGUUUA